AUGACGAGGCUAAGUGUUUCUUCAGAGAGUAUUCCAAUUAUCUACCCUCGAAGAAGACGAUCGACUUUUCGCCAUGCGAUGUAUGCUUCGGUUAUUCUUGGUGUAGAAGUUUCUGCAGUUGGGGGAUUACUGGAAUCCGGAUUAUUGCCCAAGACUCUUUCCACUUUUUCCUCCCGGGCCCCAUGUGUGCAUGGCCACCUUGGUGCACACUCUCCUCCUCCGGAGGCUUCUUUUUCGAAAUUGGAGAAAGAAUUUCCUGAGGGAAGAAAGCAUUUUGUGGAAACGUGGUUUGCCCGUAAGCACAUACUUCAGUGCAUUGAAGCUUCUCUGGAGUAUGACAGGAGGCUUGAAUGGAGCUCGGAGACGGCCUUGGUUGAUUCUUCGGGUGGGGUUUAUUUUGUGCCAGCAUUCAAUGGAUUGUUUGCUCCAUGGUGCCGUGAUGAUGCACGUGGGGUUUGCAUUGGGAUCACAAGAUUUACAAACAAGUCUCACAUUGCUCGAGCUGUGCUUGAGAGUAUGUGUUUUCAGGUAAAGGAUGUCCUAGAUUCAAUGCACAAGGAUGCAGGGGAGAAGGGUGAGGUCAAGAAUGAGAAGGGGGAGUUCUUGCUUAGAGUUGAUGGUGGUGCAACCAUUAACAAUCUUUUGAUGCAAAUUCAGGCUGAUCUGCUGGGGAACCCGGUGGUUAGACCAGCUGAUAUAGAGACAACAGCUCUUGGAGCCGCUUAUGCAGCUGGAUUAGCAGUGGGGAUUUGGACAGAAGACGAGAUUUUUGAUUCUGGAGAAAAGGUGAAGCUUGCUACCACAUUUUAUCCUGCAUUAGACGAGGAACGGAGGAAUAAGAAGGUGGAGUCUUGGUGCAAAGCUGUUUCAAGGACUUUCGACUUGGCGGAUCUUUCUCUUUAACCAACUCCUAUUUCAUCCCUUUAAAGUUCAUGUUUAUAUACUUCUAUUAUUUCAAAUAAUGAAAUCAUCCCUUGUGUAGAUUUUGUGUAUGACACACACUAUUUCAUGAUUAUAUUGGAGAGAAUUCGCAUUCUACAGAA